AUGGACAGCCACCGGCCGUCGUCUGUUCUCUUUGAGAGCCAAGACAAGAGUAUUAUUGUUCUUGAUAUACCCACUUCCCUGGAAGAGAGCCAGGUUCCUCCGUCUCAGGUCCCCAGGCGCCGUAUCGUCUCCGCAGAGCCCCCCGCAGUGCCGUUUCCGACCCCGGAGCCCCGGCAUGGAGGAGACGACCACUCGGCAUUCGCGCCGCCUGCUGCCCAGUUAGCUGAGCUCAUGACCACUGCAACAGUCAGCAGCGCCCUACAGGAACUCGCCAACUCAUACUCAUAUUCCGGUCCCUUCCAUCGAGAUCGUCUUAUUCAGCCGCAACCACCACCGCCGGUAUCCGCUCUACCACCGUUGCUUCCAGACAAAGCCGAACCUCUGCAUGGUUCCAUUGAGGCUCUGCGUGAUUCUUUUCACAUGUCAGCUCCCAAGUUUGAUCUUGUUGUGUUAGAUCCUCCAUGGCCCAACCGAUCUGCGAGGAGGAAGAAAGACAAAUAUGCCACUGUUUCUAAUCUCAAUGAGAUGAGCAGUCUCUUGCUACAAAUUCCUCUGGCUUCUCAUCUUGCACCAGACGCACUCGUCGCCGUCUGGAUCACUAAUAAACACAGCAUCCACGACUUUUUAAACUCUCCAACAGGGUUGUUUGCUGCUUGGGGUCUUGAGCUUGUGACCGAGUGGACGUGGCUCAAGGUCGCUGCAUCAGGUGAGCCACUCUAUGAUAUUGAGUCUACAUGGAGGAAGCCAUGGGAGAAGCUCAUCAUAGCCAAACGUAUCGGCGGCAAGAAACCAGAUGGUCUCAAGCCCAAAGUCAUUAUGGCAGUCCCCGAUGUUCAUUCCCGCAAGCCCAAUCUCCGAGGUUUGUUUCAAGAUGUUCUCGGAAAGCAAUGUCUCGGGCUUGAGAUCUUUGCUCGUAACUUGACUUCUGGCUGGUGGAGUUGGGGAGACGAUGUCUUGCGCUUUCAGCAGCCCGAGAAUUGGAGUGACAUAGAAUAG